AUGAAGUUUAUUUUAUUGUCCACAAUUUUGAGUGGUCUUCUCUCGUUUGCUGCUGCUGCUCCAAUCAUUUUAAAGAAACGUGAUUGGGAUUACACAAAAGAUAAAAUUCAUGGUGUGAAUAUUGGAGGUUGGCUUGUUCUAGAGCCAUACAUUACACCUUCGCUAUUUGAGACGUUUGGUGACGAUGCACCAGUGGAUGAAUAUCACUACACUCAACAGCUAGGCAAGGAAGAGGCUUCUAAGAGAUUACAAGAGCACUGGGCUAACUGGAUUACAGAGAAGGACUUCGAAUAUAUUGCCAAUCUGGGUCUUAACAUGGUUAGGAUUCCAAUUGGAUACUGGGCUUUUGAAUUGCAGGACAAUGAUCCAUACGUCCAGGGACAGCAAGCGUAUUUGGACAAGGCUCUUGGCUGGGCAGAAAAAAAUGGCUUGAAAGUUUGGAUCGAUUUGCAUGGUGUUCCAGGCUCUCAAAAUGGAUUUGAUAAUUCUGGUUUGCGUGAUCAAAUCAACUGGCAAACUGGUUCCGGAAAUGUCGAUUUCACAUUAAACGUGUUGAAAGAAAUGAUUGAGAAAUAUUCCGAUUCCGAUUACAGCGACACAAUUAUUGGAAUUGAGUUGUUGAACGAGCCUUUAGGAUCCUCCUUGAACAUGGAUGAACUUAAGGUCUUCUACAGUAGUGGCUAUGAACUUGUUAGAGACCAGGAUGCUUCCAUUCCAGUCAUUAUUCAAGAUGCUUUCCAGUCCGAUUACUACUGGGAUGACUUUUUAAAUACUGAGCAAGACACAAACAUUUACGGCGUUGUUGUUGAUCAUCAUCACUACCAGGUCUUUUCUACUGGUGAACUUCAGAGAGACAUGGAUACACGCAUUCAAACCGCAUGUAACUGGGGUAAGCAGGAAGGUGGGGAGUACCACUGGAAUGUCUGCGGAGAGUUCUCAGCAGCCCUUACGGAUUGUGCCAAGUGGCUCAAUGGUUUAGGAAGGGGUGCCAGAUAUGACUCUUCAUAUGGAGGUGGUGCUUAUGUUGGAAGUUGUGAUGAUUUGUACACGUACGAUGAAGACUACUGGAACAAUAGUGAUGUCAUCAAGCAAUACAGGCAGUAUGUGGAGGCCCAAAUGGAUGCAUUUGAGAAUGGAAAGAUGGGAGGAUGGGUUUUCUGGUGUUGGAAGACAGAAUCCGCUGUUGAGUGGGACUUCCAGAGGUUGGCUGGCCUUAACGUCAUUCCUCAGCCUUUGGAUGACAGGUUAUAUCCUAACCAGUGUAGCUUCUAA